GUGACGUCAGGGCGUUGGGGCAGCUCCUGUGACAGACGGAGCUGGAGCGGCGGGGCGGCGGCGGAGUCCGGCGGCCGAGAUAGCGAGUGAGCGAGCGAACGAGCAGCGACCCCGGGGUCCAGGGAGCGAGAAGGAGAAGGAGGGGAGCGCUCGGGCGCGAGCGAGAGAAACCGCGAGCGCCAGGCUUGGGCUCGAGCCCCGGAACGGCUGAGGAGCCCGCCCGCUCCCCUCCCCUCCCCCUCCCCGGGACAGGGCCCAGCGCGCCAUCCUCCCCCUCCCUCCUUCCCUCCCUCCCUCCUUCCUCCCUUCCCUCUCCCUCUCCCCCUCCCCCGCCGGUGGAUGGGAGUGAAGGACGGAAGAGGCCCUGCGGAGGCGGCGGUGCAGCGCUCCGGUGGAAUGAACCUUACUUGUUGAAUAUCUCCUGGUUACUCGUUGGAUUCACUUGUGGAAGAAUCAUUUUCCCCUGCGUGGAAGCCACUUAGUGGCAUAUUUAAUUAUAAAUCCAGGGAUUGCAAAGUUUUUUGAUUUCCCAAAGGAGGGACACACCACUAUAUCAAAUAAGCUUGACAUUACAGCCAAAAUGGUGCUGUCCCAGAGACAACGAGAUGAACUAAAUCGAGCUAUAGCAGAUUAUCUUCGUUCAAAUGGCUAUGAAGAAGCAUAUUCAGUUUUUAAAAAGGAAGCUGAAUUAGAUAUGAAUGAAGAAUUAGAUAAGAAAUAUGCUGGUCUUUUGGAAAAAAAAUGGACAUCUGUUAUUAGAUUACAAAAGAAGGUUAUGGAAUUAGAAUCAAAGCUAAAUGAAGCAAAAGAAGAGUUUACGUCGGGUGGACCUCUUGGUCAAAAAAGAGACCCAAAAGAAUGGAUUCCCCGUCCACCAGAAAAAUAUGCAUUGAGUGGUCAUAGGAGUCCAGUCACUCGAGUCAUUUUCCAUCCUGUGUUCAGUGUUAUGGUCUCUGCUUCAGAGGAUGCUACAAUUAAGGUGUGGGAUUAUGAGACUGGAGAUUUUGAACGAACUCUUAAGGGGCAUACAGACUCUGUACAGGAUAUUUCAUUCGACCAUAGUGGCAAGCUUCUGGCUUCCUGUUCUGCGGAUAUGACCAUUAAACUAUGGGAUUUUCAGGGCUUCGAAUGCAUCAGAACCAUGCAUGGCCAUGACCACAAUGUUUCUUCAGUAGCCAUCAUGCCCAAUGGAGAUCAUAUAGUAUCCGCCUCAAGGGAUAAAACUAUAAAAAUGUGGGAAGUGCAAACUGGCUACUGUGUGAAGACAUUCACAGGACACAGAGAAUGGGUACGUAUGGUGCGGCCAAAUCAAGAUGGCACUCUGAUAGCCAGCUGUUCCAACGACCAGACUGUGCGCGUGUGGGUCGUAGCAACAAAGGAAUGCAAGGCUGAGCUUCGAGAACAUGAGCAUGUGGUAGAAUGCAUUUCCUGGGCUCCAGAAAGCUCCUAUUCUUGCAUCUCUGAAGCAACAGGAUCUGAGACUAAAAAAAGUGGCAAGCCUGGCCCAUUCUUACUGUCUGGAUCCAGAGACAAGACUAUCAAGAUGUGGGACGUCAGUACUGGCAUGUGCCUUAUGACCCUUGUGGGUCAUGAUAACUGGGUACGUGGAGUUCUGUUCCAUUCUGGGGGGAAGUUUAUCUUGAGUUGCGCUGAUGACAAGACCCUGCGUGUGUGGGAUUACAAGAACAAGCGAUGCAUGAAGACCCUCAAUGCGCAUGAACACUUUGUUACCUCCUUGGAUUUCCAUAAGACGGCACCAUAUGUGGUUACUGGCAGUGUAGAUCAAACAGUAAAGGUGUGGGAGUGCCGUUGAUUGAGUUUCAUUUGGCCCCUCCUCCCUUGUUUCCUCUGGAUGCACUCUGAUGAUACCAUGGUUACCCCAUUGAGCUCUGUUUAAAUAAAUAUUGUCCUUUCAUGUAAAUUAUUCUGGAUGUAGAUUGAGCUUAUUAAAUGUUACACACAAAGUAUUCAUGCAUGGUGAAUCCAAAUUGUAUACUGUAAAUUUACAUACGUUGUCUAGAAGUACCAUAGGGUUUAAAAACCUGGGCUGGCAUUGGUCACACCAGGCCUAAGAAGGCAGAAGUUGAAUAAAUUGAACUAGGGCACUAAACUGAAUAGUUGACAGUGUCAUUUUAUGUUGGAUUAUUAAUUCCUGUUUUUCUUUCUGCUGUCUGUUGGUGCCUGACUUGAUGGCCUCAUUUGGGGGAAAGUGGUGGUUAUUAGGGCUUUUUCUGAAAUGUGUAUCUAUGUAACAUCACUUAAGUGUGCUUAAUAAAUCUUCUUUAAGGAUGUUAGAUAAUAAGGCUACAAUUCAGAAUCUUCUGAACCAUCUAUGUAAUUAAUGGGGAUUACACAUUAGAAUUUUUGUCAUGACACAUUUGCCAAAUCAGUAGGAUACAUUUGUUUUGGCAGCCUGUCAAGCAAAGGCUAGUGGUAUAUUUAUGUAAGAAAAUGACUGUAAAUCUGAAAUAAGAAAAAUCUCAGCAGCUAAUAACAAAUCAUUUAUUUCAUUUGGGUCUUAAUGCUUUGUAAACAGGUUUAAAAAACACUGUAAUACUCUAAGCUUCUAUUUUCCACACUAGACACACUUCUAGUUGUAUUCUCCAUACUGUUAGACUGUAUAGUGAUGUGACUUCCAAGUAGAGUUUAAUCUUCCCAUUGAGUGUGUCAUGGUACAAAUCACUAUUUGUUUUUGAUGUUUUUUAGGGAUGUGCAAUGUGCAUAACAUAAUGACAAAGAAAUAUUGAAGAGGUUAUGUUUGCCCAUUUUAAGGGAGUGGGAGAAAUACAGCAGUUUGUUGUUCAACAUGAAUCUGAUAUCGAUUUGAACUGUGUUUAACUUACAAGUUUAUAAAAAGACAGGGUUUAAUGGAGCGUGCAUAAAAAUGUACUGUGUUUUCACCUUUUGUUUAUGUAUAAAUGUUUAUGAGUAUAUGGGCCUAUCUGUAAGUGGGUAAGUCUAUAUAUGUAUGUAUAUCACACACAUACAACCUCCAUGUCCUUGGGUCCUGGGUUUUUGAAGAAGUGCUAAAACAUAUAAAUAGAAUAAAUCUUGCUGUGGAAUACCAUGCUUUAGAACAAAUCCUUUUUGAUCCUAACGCUUCUGAAAACCAGGUCUGACUCUGUGGGAAUUUUUCCCAGCUAAAGGAAAAUCACUUCCGUUAUCCGCCACCUCCACCCCCAGUUUGGCUGUUGAGCAUUUUACACAUCCCUGAUAUAUUGUAUAUUGUGAUCCAAAGUUACUACAAGUAGGUUUAAGAAAAUUUUUAUCUAUGACUUUGGAAACAAUAUUCCAUUGCAGAUUAUUAAUAAAUAAUCCCACUGCUUAGCUAACCAACAUUUUUUUAAAGAAGGUCAUUUGAAAAGUUAACAGAACAAUGAAAUAACAAAGAUAGUUUAACAAAUUUAUCCUGGAUUGCAUCUAUUCAUUUGUGUAAUAUGUGAUUUUUUAAAAAAAAUAUCCCUUUUAGUAUUAAGUGGAAAUUUGGUUCCUGAAAAAGACAAAGGGUUAGAGUUAAUGUCCUGUAGAUACACACACAGAGAAUAGGCCGUAUAUUUCCUAGAAGCAGCUUUAUGUCUAGCUUUUGUCUUUUUGUUUGUUUGCUUGUUUGUUUUUAAUAAUUCCUGAGAGAUGUCUCUGGAAGGAAAAGUGUUUUGAAAACUAAUGGCUAUUUUUGAGGACAAAAAUUACAACUUAAGCUAAUUUCUUAAAUACAGUAGAAUAACUUUCAGGACAAUAUUGCCUCACAACCCUGCUCACAUGGAGAAGUCUUUUUUUGUUUCCCCUUAGCUGUUCGGACUGGAUUUUUCUACAGAAGCUAUGGAAGAUAUCUUUGUUCUUGUUUGCUGCUAUUUCCUGUCCUAUUUUAAGAAAUAUAAAUACAUAGAAAUGGUGCAUCUUUAACAUUUGUUUGUACAUGUAUAAAUGUCUUGUAUUUUAAUUCAUUUUUAGCAUGUAGCAACACGAAUUGUUUAAGGGUAAGCCACAACAUCUAGAAAUCACUCCUAGAUACGAACAAUAAAGGAAAAAAAAAAUGGUACCGAUUUAGGAGGAAACAAAGCCGCUGUCGCUGGGUUUUCCCUGCAGCCUGCAGUGACUUCCACUGACAAACAAGGAGAAACUAUCACUCUGUAAACAAAGUCAUCCUUAUUGGGAGAUUGCCACAGCCUGCUGCUUAGCUGAGUUACCAGACAUCCUCCAUUUAUGAAGCAGCGAACGUUGAAUCUCAGGGAUGGUCCUCAACUGGAUCCAAGUGUAACGAGCCCUGUUUGAAUAAUGAAGGGGGUGGGGAGAGUGAUCCAUCCACAAUCCGGAAGCAUAUUUGCAGAGGUUUCCUGCACUGUUGUUUGACACUGCCCUGUUGAUGCCCUUUCUUCCUGUUUCCUGCGUUUUCUCUGUCUGCUGUCUAACCCUGUGCCUUGCCUGGGAUAAGUACAAUGAUGAGGUUACUGGUUUGGAUUGUAAGUAGAGGAAUUUAUUGAUUGGUUUAGAGGUUCACUGCUGCUUUGUCACUGUCUCAAUCAAAUUGGCCACUUAUUUAAGAAAUAAAAAGCUGGUAGAAUUGCAUCCUCAGAUGAUGAUUGACCUUUUGUGUGUGUGAAAACAGACAUUCCAGUGCCACCCUAAUAUAACGUGCCCAAGAAGUCCUAGCUGCACUCUUGAAAGUGCAAGCCACGGAAACUGGUUUAGACAUGGCUUGGAGAAUAGUUGCUUUUUGACAUGGCCUCUUGCACUUUAGGAGACUGAGACUGUCCUGUUUUGUCCAUUGUGGUGUGACCAAUGGUGUGCCCAGAGCACUGCUCUAAAACUCACUAGUGUUAGCACGUCGUCCGGGCUGUGGGCGCUCGCUGUAGCCUUCGGAGGCUUUGGCUCUAGAUCACCAAGCCCAGUCUCCUUACUGUCAGUGCCCUGCUCUCCUGUUUGCCUCUUUUUGUUUCUAUGUGAACUUCCAGAUAAUAUCACUCAUUAAAUAGUUUUUUUUAAAAUUUAUUUAAAGAAAAACUAUUUAGAAGUAAAGGAUAUUUUGUUUUGUUGACAGUGGUGGCUUGAUAAUCCUUAAGCAACUGAAGAUAAAAUUGUUGAAGGAAAAGGCACUUAAAAUGGUUCCUCUCUGUCCAGCUGUAUAUAAGUCCAAUGUGUUAACUAAUCUAGAUGAUGCAAAGAAGAAUCUCCUGGUAGAGAAGCAACAUGUACGAAAUCGGUGAAAGAGGUUUUGUUUUUUUUCAGUGGGGUAAGGGGAGGGCAAGCUGGAUUUACAAGUCACGACUGGACCGAACUGGCCUUUUAAUCUUUCCACUAUAUCAUGUAAGUGGCUGCUUCCUUGUCCUGCCUAUCCUUCAAGCAUCCCUAAAGCUCACUCUGAAGAUGGUAGAAACAAAACACACAAUCUUCGAGUUAGAAGUUGAUCCUGACACUGACAUGAAGGCGAACGUUGAUUUCACAUGAACGAACAGUUACAGAGGUGGUGAUUGGAGAAAACAGUUCCCCAGAUUGUAAGAGUUAACUGAAGAUAUUGACACAAUUUUAAAAAAUCAGUAAAGGAAUGUAUAUAAUAUUGCUCUUGUGUUUUACAGUAAGAUUUGUUGCUCUCAGACUGUGUAAAACAAGAUUUAUUCAUGUUUUCUGCAUAUUAAAAAAAUCUUAUUGUACCAAUUGGUAAACUAUUAAAUGCCUAUAAAACUA